AUGGACUUAUCCCCUGGCCUAGGGAACUUUUCUAAGCUGCCUUACGAGCUCCGCGAACUCAUCUGGCUCGAAUUCUUCCCUGUACCUCAUGAAGAUGAACCCGCCGCGGAGCUCAGCAUCCUUAAAGCUAGCAGAGCGCUGUACCACGAGAUAUCAGAUGUUCUCUUCUCAAAAACAAACAUGUGUAUCGACCUCUCGCCACCUCCAGGCGCCGGGGAGAACUUCUGGUGUGAUAUACGCCUUCAGCGGCGUGUGAGAAAAGAUACCCUCUGCGACGGAGGAGUAUGGACGCUUAGAAGCGAGUGGGAAUAUAGCAACUCCGACUUCGACCAUUUCCCUUUCCACAAGCUGGCUGCUAUCGAUAUCCACAUCUCUGGCCCGGAAGAUCCAGCUGGGCUCUUUUGGCGAUGGAGGAAUGUCGUUAGAACGCUUGAGAUGCUUGAAGGCUCAGUGCUCCCGCCCAUAACUAUUUGGCUGCUGGAGGGCAAGAAGUUGCGGCUGCGGACAAAUAUCUCGUUUGCUCAGAGUAUAUUGUCUAGAAGGAUUGAAGGCCAUGAUUCCCCUGAAUUUCAUCGUGAUAAAGAGGAGCUCCACUUACAGAUUGUUGAACAUUGGAGUUAUAUUCAUGACUGGAUGUUUUGGGGACAUGUAUGUGAAAGCAAAGUUGUAACCUUCUUCCAGAUUGAGUGGGAUGAUCAAACCUUCAACUCUAUCAUCGACAAGCCAAUGAAGGUAUCUACUGCUAUUAUUCGCUAA